CAUUAUGGGAUGUCUAAUUCAAUCUGAAUCACAAAACUCGUCAAAUUAUGAUGAUUUCAAUUAUCAAAAAAGUAAUCAUUCAUUAAUUUUUAUAGAAAAAUCCAAUCGAACUAUUGGUGGUGAUUCUAAUUAAUAACUCAGUCAAAAUGUUUAUCAAUAUCUUACUUAAAUUAGGAAUUAAUUGCUUAAGCAGCAGAAAGAAGAUUAUAAAAUUAUGAAAAAAGAGGUUUGACACCAUAAUCAUAAAUUGAAUUUGAACAAAAAAAGAAAAAGUAAGAGGAAGCUGAAAUGUAUUAAAAAGAGGGAAGACAAACAAAUUAUAAAUGGG